GUUCAGUUGCGCCGCAAACGCGUCGCGGAAAUGUUUCGCUGCUUCAGCUGCUGCUGCCACCGUCCGAAAGAAAUCGAAAUCGAAACCGAAAUUUAAUUUCAAUUUUCAAUAAAAAUUUAAAGCCACAAUUUAAGCAACGCGCCGCCGUCCUCUUUGAAUUCCGCAUCCUUGGCAACCGUUACCGAAUUAGAACACAUAGUAAAACCCGAUACAACGAAACGGGAAUUCAAACCGUUUGAUAAUUUACUCCUUCCUCCCUAAAGUUCUCAGUUGGCGCCAUGAGGGAACCACUGCCCGUGGCGGUGGUGACGUUGCUCCUGUUCCUGUGGCUCGGUUCGGCGAUGCCACCCACAUCUGGUUCGGCGGUGCUCAUCUCCGACAUGACCAUGAGCGUCAUGGUGGAGCUAUCCUCGCGACAUCCCUUCUGCAAGAUGCACACAGAUCGUGGUGAUAUCCAGCGCAUGUUGCUGCAAUCGGAUCCGCGACGCAUACGCCAGGUGCCGCGGGAGUCGGUGAUGGAGCUCGAGGAGGUGUGCCGCCGUCAGGGAUCCUAUGGCCACGAGUUUCGCGGCGGACUGGGCUUCAUCUAUCCGGGCACAAAGUGGUGCGGACCGGGCACAGCGGCCACCAGCUACGACGAUCUCGGUGCGCACGCUCGCGAGGAUCGCUGCUGUCGCGAGCACGACAUGUGUCCCGAUGUGCUAAAUGUGGGCGAAUGCAGGCGAGGAUUGUGCAAUCGCGGCACAUUCACGAGAAGCCACUGCGAUUGCGAUGCCCGGUUCAGGCGAUGCUUGCAGGCGGCAAACACGGAGACGGCCAAUACGCUGGGCGCCAUCUUCUACAAUGUGGUGCAGGUGACGUGCUUCCAGGAGCGGAGUCCCUGCUCGGCACACCAGAGGUUCGAGGACUUCUACUACCGCACCGAUCACUGUCCGGCGGAAUUCCGGCAGGCGGAUCUCUAUGUGCCGCCGCACGGUGACAAUCUGAUAGCCAAGAUCCUGGCCCAUCCGCAGGGCCGGGCCCUGGCCGCUCCGUCCUGGACGAUUCCCGCCAAGUCGACGGCGCGCCGUUGGGGCGUUAAAUUGGCCAGCGUUGGCUUGGCGGCGGUGAAUAUCCUGCGGGAGGUGGUGCAGCGACCCCGACUCCUGUGGGAUAGCCUGCAGGCGCCGGUCUCCAGGGAGCUACCACCGCCGCAAAGAUAUCACGAUCCGGGCUAUCACUACGAGCGACCCGGACCCGGCUCGUCCUACGGAUAUGGCCAAUACAGUGGUCGCGGUUACGGGGGCUUCGACUCCCCUUGGAGCUAAUUGCGGUAUCACGAAUGCCCCCGGAAGACUGUUCUGAGCGAUUGGGUGGAGUCCACUGGUCACGCGAAAAUAUGUUCCGUAUGGCGAGUAAUCCAAAAGGCAGUUGUAAAUGAUAUACAAGUACAUACUAGGUUAGAGAUUAGACAGGAUUAAAGAUAGACAUUCAAUUGCCAAAGAAAAGCGCAGCAAGUACACUUUAAGAAAAUAUCGCUUUCAUACUUCGAAACGUGUGUAUGAAGUUAAUCGGCGCGAAUUCUUUGUUUCAUCCUGUUUUAUAUUCUGGUAAAGUUUUUCAUUCUGUCGGUUACUUAUUAUUCUGGAAAAGUUUCACUGUCAUCAGAUUUGCCAUCUUCGCGUGGGAAGAGAAUGGGAAUUGAUACUUUAAAUGGGUUUUUUUUUGUGUAAGAUAACCUUUUGUGAGUCACUAAGUGGUAAGGUAGAGAGAUAGCUUUUAAGCAGACAUAAACUUCAUUGUACCGAUGCGUAUUUUUUUUUUUAACAGAAUUUGAAGAUUACUCUGCCAAUCGGUUAACUAUUUGCUAGACCACACAUGGAUUGAACCGCCCAACUGCUCCCGCUUAGUAUUAGUAGUCAUAAGUUGCAGUUACGGCUCCGCUAGGGAGUCGCAAUCCUAGCUAACUUAGCUGCAUGUGUGAUUGCCAUUAACGUUAUGCAUGUACCGUGUUCACUAGUUGACCAUUUGACCAUUUGACAGUUGUGCUUUAGAAAUAAACUCACUGAGAAUUCGCAUGCCUGCGCUCUUCCUUUCCGGUAAAUGAAUUCGAUUAGAGCCGGAUACAAUCAAACGGAACAGGAGGCCAUCUGCGCCCAGUGGCAGUAUCAGCCGUCGGAGAAGUAUGUGCCCAGCCAGCCGAGAACCUCAUCCUAAAUGGGCAACGUUGACGACCUGGACCAGCUGAUGGACUCAUGGAAUCGGUUACAAAUCUACACGGCAUUAGCUUAUCGCCUAGCUAUAGUUAUCCUCGAUUGCAAUUCUUAAACCUGAACGAAAGCCAAAGAUCAAAACAGUCGCUCGAAACUAGAUGGGGAAAAUAUAUAUACACAUAUAUAUUUUCAUAUAUUGAAUGCAUACAAAACAGAUCUAUAUAAAUGUAUAUAUAUGUAUACACACAAAAACGUACAUAUAAAUAAAUAUAUUUACCAUGAC